CUGGUUAGUUGAUCAUUCAAACUUGUCGAUUUCAUUGAGAUACAUUGAUAUUUGUUGGUCUUAAUUGUUCAAUAUGUUAUUCACAUCUAAUUACAAGAUUGUGCUUUUCUUUAUUUUCAACAGCGUUUUUCUCACCGUCAAUGCCGGUAAAUUAGUGAAACACUCUGCCUCAACUACUGAUGUCGCUGUUAAAACAGAUGAAGCAGCUUCAGGAGACACAAGCGAAGCAAAAAACGUUGAACCAAAGGCGGAAACCACCACGGUGACACCGAUCGAAGUAGAUCCCAGAGUACCGAUCUCUAAAUUGGAAAAGACUGCCGAUGAUCAUGUGAUAAUUAGUACUGAUAUUUUACCAAAGUUUAAAGAUUUCAAAGUAGCUGUUAAAAUUGAAUAUGAAAUAGAAGUUUCGAAAGAUAAAUGGGAGAAAGGGGAAAAGCGCUCAGACCCGGUACGCUCUGAGAGAAUCUCAGCUAAAGCGAUUGGAAAACGUGGUUUCCUCGAGUGGAAAGUUGGUCCAUUAAAGCCAAAUACGCAUUAUCGAUUCUUCGUCUACUCUGUAUACAAUAAACAACAAUUCCCUGAACAACCACCAAUCGCCCUCGAAACAACUACAAAAUUAACUCCACCAAAAUCAACCAUUCUCAAAGGGGUCAGCGUUUUACCGUUUGGUGGGACUGACGUAAAAUCUUAUUAUGUACAAAUCAACAAGGUCAAAGAAGACGCUAAAGAAGCUGAUUGCUUCAUUGAGAUCAAAAUGUCACCCGAUUUCGGUAAAGAGUUGACCCUUCCCGAAUUGACCGCCGGUAAAAAAUACACAAUCAAAACUUGGUACAUUAGUAAAGAUGAUAAGGAAUCUGAAUCUGUGAUUACUGAGUUAAUUGCUUGAUUGCGAUUGAAUUUAAUUGUAAAAGAUAAGUCAAUUUGUUCAAUUAAUUUUGUUGACGCAAUUCAAUUAAUUACAAACCUCGAACGCAAUUAAAUUUGAUUCAUUCAAAGAUCAAUAUUAAAAUCUAUUGUAUUUUGUGAAGUUGUAAUUCGUACAAUAAAUUUCAAUAAUUAUCUGUGA